CGCUCCCCCGACUCGACUCACGAAAGCAAUACAAAUGCUGUCGACGCUGAGCCCGUUCGCUGCUGCUGCUGCUCCUACGCUUCCCAACCCCUCCCACUCCCCUCCCCAUUUCUCCCCUCGUCUCCUCUCCCACCCUUCCUAUCUCCUUCUCGAUCUCUGCGCCGACCGCCGCGAGGUCCGCCUGUUCCUCCCCCAAGUCGUCAAGCGCGGCCUCCACCUUGAGCACGUCUUCCAAACCAAGCUGGUAGCCCUCUUCUCCCGCUUCGGUGACCUCCGCGAUGCCACCCUCGUCUUCGGCUCCGUUGAGGACAAGACCGACGAGCUCUACCACUCCCUGCUCAGGGGCCACGCCAAGCACUCCUCCCUCGACGACGCCGUCGCUUUCUUCCGCGCCAUGAGGCGCGCCGGCGUGCGCCCGGCCGUGCACAGCUUCACCUACCUCUUGAAGGCCUGCGGCGACCGCUCGGACCUGGGGCGGGGCAGGGAGAUACACUCGCAGCUGAUCGCCAGUGGCUUUGGCUCCAAUGUGUUUGCCAUGACCGCCGUCGUAAACAUGUAUGCGAAAUGUCGCAGGAUCGAGGAGGCGAGGAGGAUGUUCGAUAGAAUGCCUGAGAGGGACUUGGUGGCGUGGAAUGCCAUCGUUUCCGGGUAUGCGCAGAACGGGAUGGCAGAGAGGGCUUUGGAGAUGGUGAUAAGAUUGCAAAAGGAUGGUCACAAGCCUGAUUCAAUCACCCUCGUCUCGGCUUUGCCUGCCUGUGCCAAUGUUGGAUCUUUGAAGAUCGGGAAAACCGUUCAUGCUUUUGCUAUGAAGGCUGGCUUUGAUUCUUUGGUGAAUGUCUCAACUGCUCUCGUGGAUAUGUAUUCAAAGCGGGGGGCAAUUGAGACCGCAAGGUUGGUGUUCGAUAGUAUGCGGCUGAAGAAUGUUGUCUCGUGGAAUUCUAUGAUCGAUGGAUAUGGGCAAAAUGGGGAUGCAGAGGAAGCCUUGAGACUGUUUAAGAAGAUGAUGGCAGAUGGUAUCCAGGCCACAGAUGUUACCAUAAUGGGUGCUUUGUAUGCCUGUGGUGAACUGGGGGAUCUCGAGGAGGGGAGGCAUGUUCAUGAGUUGCUUACAAGAACUGGCUUCGAGUCUGAUGUUUCUGUUCUGAAUGCACUCAUCACCAUGUAUUCAAAGUGUAAGAGAAUUGAUCUUGCUGAAGAUGUUUUUGAGAACAUGCCGGUAAAGAGUCUUGUGUCUUGGAAUGCUAUGAUCUUGGGCUAUGCACAGAAUGAUCGUGUUGAGGAUGCUUUGAGACUCUUCAACAAGAUGCAAUGGGAGAAUGUAAAGCCAGAUUCAUUCACUAUGGUUAGUGUAAUUCCUGCACUCGCUGACAUAUCUGUCUUGAAGCAGGCAAAAUGGAUACAUGGCUUUGCUAUUAGAUUGUGUACGGACAAAAAUAUAUUCAUCAUGACUGCUCUCGUAGAUUUGUAUGCCAAGUGCGGGAGCGUUCGUAUAGCACGAAGACUCUUUGAUGCAAUGGAGGAGAGGCAUGUCACGACAUGGAAUGCGAUGAUAGAUGGUUAUGGGACGCAUGGUUUUGGGAAGUCUGCAAUUGACCUGUUUGAACAGAUGAAGAGGAGCUCUGUGAAGCCAAAUGACAUAACAUUGCUGAGUGUUCUUUCGGCUUGUGGUCACUCUGGUUUAGUCCAGGAGGGGAAGAAAUACUUUGCCAGCAUGAAGGAGGACUAUGGCUUCGAGCCUAAUAUGGAUCACUAUGGUUGCAUGGUGGACCUGCUGGGCCGUGCCGGGAGGCUUGAUGAAGCUUGGGACUUCAUUCAGAAAAUGCCAAUCAGACCGGGUAUUAGUGUUUAUGGUGCCAUGUUGGGUGCUUGUAAGAUCCACAAAAAUGUAAAGUUGGGAGAGGAGGCAGCACAGAGAUUGUUUGAGCUAGAACCGGAUGAGGGAGGGUACCAUGUUCUAUUGGCUAACAUCUAUGCUGCAGCUUCAAUGUGGGAGGAUGUAGCAAGGGUGAGGACUAUGAUGGAGAAGAAAGGGCUGCAGAAGACUCCUGGUUACAGUUCAAUCGAUUUGAAGAAUGAGAUACAUACCUUCCAUUCUGGAAGUACUGAUCAUCCACAAUCACAGAAGAUCUACGCAAGAUUAGCCAGGCUAAUAGAUGAGAUUAAAGCUGUCGGCUAUAUGCCUGAUAGUGAUUCUUUACAUGAUGUGGAAGAGGAUGUUAAAGAACAGCUGCUCGGAACACACAGCGAGAAGCUUGCGAUCGCAUUCGGGCUCAUAAACACUACACCAGGAACCACAAUUCAAAUACGAAAGAACCUUCGUGUCUGCAACGAUUGCCAUAAAGCAACCAAGUUCAUAUCUCAGGUCACAGGUAGGGAGAUUAUCGUGAGGGAUAUGCAGCGAUUCCAUCAUUUCAAGAACGGGCAAUGUUCCUGUGGAGAUUAUUGGUAGCCAGUGUUUCCACUUCAAGUGGAACUACAGCUGCUAUUUCUUAUUGUAUAGGCUUCAUGUGAUUGUUGUUUCUUUCGAGUUUUGGGGUGUUGAUGACCUUCAAACAAAUGUAUUACUUAUUCUAUCAUCGAUAAUUUGAUGAAAGAAUGACAAUUUAUGUGACAGACUUUUGCUAAUGUCACACAUACUUUUUGCUUGAAGGAAGCUGAUGGAAUUUGGAUUAUUAUGAUCAGUAAAUAGCUGGUACUAACUUGCUGAGACAAGAAAACAGAUCAACUCAAAGAGGGACAGGCAAUUGCAUUGGCAGAACUAUUUGUCUUGUUUGUCAAGCAGGUUCGAACCAAAAGAGAAGUCUUAGCAAUCAUGCAACCUGCAAACUGCUACUACCAAGACAUCUCAAGACAACCAUGAAGGUGAGAGCUAAAACAUCAUACUGAAACCUCUGCCCAACUUCAUUUCUCCUCCAGGUUUGGAAGAGGCUUGUCAACUUCCUCGAGCUGCCGGAUCCAGGUAGUCUGCUCCAACACCAAUGAACAAUCGCCAGCAGUGUGCUGCAGGGUGUUACGGAGAUCAUUCAUGCUGUGGUUGCCACCGUUGUGCUCGUCGGGGACGAAGACGCCGGUUUCAGGGUCAGGAGUCCAGUACUUCUCCGACCCAGUAUGCAUUGUAUCAUUAGAUUAGAUGAUUCUAUUUAAUUAAGUAAAAUAUAUUAUAAAUCUGAGUAGUUAUCAGUUAAUAGAAAAGAAUCUACUUAUGAUAAGAUUCCAUCACUACGAUGUUACUUAGAUCGCCUCGUCCAGCAACACCAUCGUCGUACCAGGUCGAACAGCUGCAAAUUCUUCGGUGGUGUUCGAAGCAUUGCACAGGCUACUACAACAUGUAAAACUGAUGCAACCUCGCAACUGCCACUGAGGAAAUCUAUAGCAGUUUGAAGGAUGAUGCAACUCAUACAACCAUGAGUAAGUACAAACCUGAGAAGAGCUGCGGCUUAAGCAGGACCGGGCAACAGCUGGUUGCUGGGGGAGCCAUUAGCGAGCAGUCAUCUGCUGGAGCAAGCAGCCAUGGGAACUCAGUUAGGGAGGCAAGGAAGACUCCUGCUUUUAUCAGCAGAAAGAAAGCGUAAGAAUAAGAGAAGAAAUGUCGAGAAGGGAGGAAAAAAGAUCGAUUCCU